GAUAAGAUUACCUUUUCCGGUUCUGUCGGUGAUGAAAUAUACAAAGAGUUGUAAAAGCCAUAAAUAGACACCGAACGAAUGUUACUGACGUGCACAAGAUGUAAUUAUUUGUGAAAAUUCGUAACAUCAUCUUCAUUAGUGUCGUUGGUCUUGGAAUGUUGCAGAACGAAGAUACGUCAAAUUCAUCCGGUCAGUCUAUUCGUAAAAUAUCGCUGCUUUUUGAAAAAAGGACUGGCACUACUGACAGAGGGAAGGAUUACGAACACCUCUACAUCACCCACUUGCUCCUCAAACUCAUAACCGACGACAGAAUCGAAGACUUCUACCUCUCAUCCAACGACAAAAAAUUCGGUUCCUUUGACGACAUCGUCGUCAACAUCAAAUACCAUGACCAAAAAAACACCACACAAACCUACGCCAUCCAGCUCAAACAAAGCAAAAACACGAUCGUACGAACCAGAAACCUCACAUCCGAAAAAGGCAACUUCAGUAUUAGCCAGUACCUUGAAGACUACACCAAAAACUUGAGCAAAAUCCCGAACCUCAAACUAAUUUUAUUCACCAACUGUUCCACACAGAUAGACAGAGAUUUUAAAAUCAAAACCGGCGGUGAAGAAUUAGACCUACAAGUAUUAACAGUCACCGAAAACUACUUAUUUUCAACCCACAGCCAACCCUGGUGCCACAAGUUCACCACAAACAAGUAUGAAAAGUUUUUUAACAAUUUUUCACUUUAUAGUGCUCAAGCGGACGUCGAUCGGCUCGAAGCCAUCACGUCUAAGUCGUUCUGCGAGCGCUUCCACACCACCGACGGUAGUUUCACGGAAUUUAGUAGCUUCAUUUGUCGAUGGAGUGUGAAAAGCGGAAGCAAAGAGAAGUUGUACAAAGAAUGGGUGAAGAAGGUGAUUAUGUUGUGUGUUUUGGGACCACUGGUCAAACCUUUGGUGUUUUGUGGUGGUCGAGGUGUCAACGACAAAGGGCGAAUUUUCAGAGAGGUGGUGGCGGAAAUGCGAGUGGUGACGGUUGCUCAAUCGAGUUACCGGAGGAUUAAGACGGUGUGGCAAGAUGUGGUGGAGCUGCUAGACGACGACGAGAUGACAAAAGUCGACGAAAUUCGAACCAAGUACCAAAUUCGUGGCGAGUUUAAACUGAGGAGCGAUUUGUACAAGGAAGAUAAGGAUGUGAGUAAGGUGCUGUGGUUGCUGGGGAAGUGUCCGUUGGUGGUGGAAGAACACCCAGCGGUGUAUCAAGCAAUGCCGCUGGGUGGUACCUUCAUAGUAGUGUCUGCCAAAGUCCAAAAGAACUUUCUUUCGAUUUCUGAUAUUCUGUGUGAUCAAAUCUUGAACGCUUUCACGUACUCUCUCGAAGAGCAGAAAGAAGAAACGUUGAAAAGUCUAUACUUGGAGUCACAAUUUUGGGGUACCAUCACCACCGAUAAUCUAGUACAAAUGAUCGAUGGCCCGCUAGUUAUAGGUCAACCUGAAGUGUCUCUUCCACCUUGCCACGUCACGAGAACCCUCUGGAAAAUCUUCAUCGACUUGGGUUUUCUCAAAGACUCCACAAACACCGUCCUCGUCAUCAGUGGCUUACCAAACGUAGAACUCUUUUGUUGUAUUUUUGACUACGUAGAAGUCUUCGACUUCGACUCAAGUGAAAGACUUGACCAUUGCAACAAAACCAACGGAAACGUCGUCUACGUAAGCCAAAGGGUCAUCCCACAGGAAGAAUUCGAUAAGUUCUGUGCCACCAAAAAGAGAAAAUGUUACCAAUUCAAGUACGUGAGACAGUGUUACGAAUGGUUGAGAGGGACCAACAUCGAAGAAAUCAAAAAGUACCGAUUGAACCACGAGUACGUCAACGAUGGCAUUUCCGAGUACGACCUUUUUGGUGACGGCGAAAACAACAUAAACAUAGUUUGUGCCAACUCAGGCAUGGGAAAAAGCACCCUGAUGAAGAGUUUAAAACGAAACAGUUCGUCCAAAACCUGGACGAUUUUUCUCUACGCCAGAAAGUACGCCUUACUGUGUCGACAAAAAGUCGACGUCGACGUAUUUCUAACAAACUUGGCGAUUGAUAUCUGCCAAAAGUACGACGACGCAGACAUUUUCAAAACCCUGAUGUCCAAACGCCGAGUCAGGAUCAUAUGGGACGGUUUAGACGAAGUGUCCAAUGAAAGUCUGGACGCUAUAAUCAACACCAUCAAGCAAAUUUCGAGCACGAAAAUCAAACAGUGGGUGACUGCUCGAAACACGAUCAAAACUCUUCUAGAAACAAAACUACAAACCUUUUCCUACAGGAUAAAGCAGUUCAGUGGUGAAGAACAACGCGUUUACAUCCAGAAGCGACUAAACUUUGCAGACUCCGAGUUGUUCGAGAUUUUCAAAACCGUGGAAAUCAAAAUGCAGCCGUUUUGCAACAACGACGUUCUUGGAGUUCCACUACAGAUCUACAUGUUGACGGAACUCUUCUCCCGAAACAAGAAAAAGUACUUGAAGUUGUUGAACCGCACGUUCACUCUUCUCGAUUUGUACGAGAACUUCGUCCGAGAGAAGUUCUACGUCCACUACGUGGAGAAGUUGAAGCUGGAUUUGAGCAUCGAAGACAACUACGCGAAGUUCGUGCGGGAGAUGGAACAACGACUCGAGUGUUACAAGAGGGUGGCUUUUGACACGUAUUUGAGUAACAAAGGGUUGCUUUCGUACUUCCAGAAACCCGACAGUUUUCUCGUCGAAGUGAAAACCAGACGCGAUUUCGUGGGUUUCAUCAGUACUGUAUCCGACGAAAUGGUACCAGAGUUCGUCCACAACUCCUUCGGGGAGUACUUCGCAGCGGCGUACUUAUUCGACAACGACAAGAACAAAGCACGAGACCCCAGAUUUACCCAAAACGACGAUUAUAAUAAUAUCCGGUUUUUUCUCGACUUGAUGUUGACCAAAACGUCGCGAGCCCAUUCGGCGGUGUUGAACAAGAACUCGAUGCUUUUGGACGAGUGUUCUGCCGAAGACUUGAAGAGUAAGGAUUUGGUGGGUCGAGGGGUGUUGGAAUUGUCGUGUGCGUGGAGCAAGCAGUACGAGAUUGUCAAGAUACAGAAGAUGGGCUUCGGGAGGUUUAACAUUCAUAGUAGGUACUUGGACGACAACGCCAAGAGGCUUCAGUAUGGAGAAGUCUAUAGAGAUUUCGUCAAGGUUGAAGACCCACGAAUGACGAAGUUGUUGUUGUUGCUACCUUUUCUGGUGUCGGUUUAUUCGAAGAUGCGUCUGGACGAUGAGUGUGCCGCUAUGGUGAUCUACUACUCGGUAGUGUUUGACUAUGCGGUCAUCUUCAAGUAUGUCGAUGAAGUUCCGGAGCUGAAACGGACAUAUGAUAAUUUUGAUCCGGUGUAUCUGCUGUCUGUAGCUUUAAUUUAUGAGUCGAGGCAGUGUCUGCAGGAGUUCGCUUUGAAGAAGCCAUUCCGUGACGCUUUGGGUAACAAUCUGGACAUCCUCUUGUACGCUUGUCAGCUCCAAGGACAAGAAAUCUUCUCCGUAAUUGUCGAACACGUCGUGGAUAUCAAUCAGCUUAUUUACUACGCUUGUUGUCAAGGAAGAUUUUCCAAUGUCCACUUUCUGGUGACCAAGGGGGUCAAAACUUACAUCCCCGACGACCACGGACGGACUCCUAUCCACUACAGUGCUGAUAACGAAAUCGACGGUUUGCGCAUUUUGGACUUCCUGCUUCUGAUAGGCGCAAGUCCCAAUAUACUAGAUAAGAAAAAUCGGCACCCUCUGCAUUAUGCGUGUAUGAAUGGCCGCUUUGGUCCCAAUAUAGUACAAAUGUUAUUAGACACUAAGUACCUCAACCACGUGGAUAUUUAUAAUCGAGUCCCUUUACAUUAUGCGUGCGAUAACGAAGACUGUGGACUCCAAAUUGUCACAAUUUUGCUAAACCAAGCAGCCCAAACCCAAGUCCCGGACGUCAACGGACUCACCCCUUUACAUUAUGCGUGCAUGAACUGGAAGCAAGGUUCGCGCAUCGUGGACUUACUAAUGCAAGCCCACGCCGAUAAAACAGUCCAGGACUUCAACGGCCGCACUCCUUUACAUUACGCGUGCAAGAACUACUUCCGAGGCUCCGAAAUCGUCGACUUAUUGGUCGACAACACCCUUGUCGACACCCCAGAUUCCGAAAACCGUCUCCCUUUACACGAUGCGUGCGAACGCGGAUCUUCCACCACAGUGCAAACUUUAAUGCGCCAUAGCGACAAAAUCGACCCCGCAGAUAAUAAAGGUCAAACUCCACUUCACAACGCGUGCAAGAACUACGUCCACGGUGACAAAAUCGUGCAGCUACUGUUAGAAAAACGCGCGAAAAUCGACAGUGAAGAUUUGAACGGUCGACAACCAUUACAUUAUGCGUGCGAGUUCGGUAAAGCUUUAACUGUGUCAUUUUUGCUUCUGAAAGGUGCUAAAGUCAAUAAAGUUGACGCUCAAGGACGGCUUCCGAUUCACUACGCUUGCAUGAACGUCUACCAGAGUCCUUUGAUUGUCAAAUUGUUGAUCGAUCGGAUUUCGAGGGUGGGGGUGGCAGAUGCUGCUGGACUUCUUCCCAUACAUUAUGCGUGCGAAUAUGCGGAUGUUAAUUGUGUCCAGUUCUUGAUUGACAAGAGUGAGAUGCAGUUGGUAGUGCCGGAUGCUCAAGGUCGGGUGGCUUUACAUUAUGCGUGUUUGAAUUUCAAUCAUGGGUUGGAUAUUGUGAGGUUUUUGAUCCGAGCGGGGGCGAAGUGGGACGUGAAAGAUAAGUGGGGGCGCAUGCCCUUACAUUAUGCGUGUCAGACGGGGAAUAUUUAUAAUGUGGUGGGGCUGGUUGACGUGAUGGGUGGGAGCAUAAAUGUGGGGGAUUUGGAGGGGCGGAAGCCGAUUGAUUAUGCGCGCAAGGGGAAGAACUAUAACGUUGUUCAAUUGUUGAAGAAUUUGGAGAGCGGGGGGAGUUUGGAGGUUCCUCUUUAAGGGGCCUCGCUAGACGAGGUAUAACAUUUUUUUGGUUUUUUGUAUGAAAAAAUGAUAUUAAUAUUGAUGUGUCAUACAUCAAACUGCAGCUUUUUUCGUAUUCUAGGGCGCAGAGACCAGUUCAGUCAACUAAAAAAAUAUGGCUGAGAAAUAUCGUAAAAAAGCACCAUUUUAUGUUUUCUUU